AAGGUGAGCGUCUCAAAAUGGCAACAAAGAUUUCGUGCAAUAUUAUCGUUAUUUUACUGUAUCUUAUUCAUGUGAAGUAAACAGUAGCAGUGAAAAAUCGGGGGAAAAUAGCCCGCCAAAACCCACUAGCUAGAGGAUAUUUCUCUACAUAAAUACUGUGAACUUUUUCGAUCUCUUGCUAUUUUAACAUAAAAGAAGAACAAAAGCCUCUAGGGUUUUCUCAUUUCUGCUGCACUAACUAGCUUUUAAUUCAAAAAUUAUGGUGGGAUUGGACUCUGAUCCCCAGCCUAAGAAUCCCCAUAAUGACACUCACUCUAGCUUACUCUACAACAAAGGCCAAGAGGUGGAGGUAAGCAGCGACGAAGAUGGAUUCAGGGGUGCAUGGUAUCCGGCCACCAUUGUGGAUUCUCCUACCAAAUCUGCUUCCAAAAAGAGAAAAAGGCUCAUGGUUAAGUACAAGACUUUGCUUACCGAAGAUGGCUCCGCCCCUUUGACGGAGCUUGUGGACCCCAGCCACGUAAGGCCUCUGCCGCCCGAGAAUGGCGACCGGCUUUUUCAGGAAAACGAUGUCGUUGAUGCCAGGUACAGAGAUGGGUGGUGGACUGGGAUUGUAAGGAAGGUUUUAGAGAGUUCUAGAUGUAGGGUUUUUUUCGCUAACCCGCCGGAGGUAAUUGAUUUUGAUGGCAAAGAUUUAAGGGUUCAUUUGGAAUGGGUUAAUGGUCACUGGGUUCGACCUGAGAAACAGCAAACAACAGGAUCGGUUUUUAGCUCAGGCACAGCAGUAGAGGUGAAUAUUGACCAAGAAAAUGUACGUGAUGCUUGGUUCCCUGCAGUUGUCAUUAAGGAAAAUGGUGACGAGACUUUCUUGGUGAAGUAUCAAAGCUCUGGGAAUAGUGAUGAGGCCGGGACAAAAGUUACUGUGGAUGCCCUCCAUAUUCGGCCCAUGCCUCCUCGUUAUGCAGACAGAAAUUUUGAGUUGUUGGAAAAGGUCGAUGCACAAUAUAACUUUGGUUGGCGGGCUGGAGUGAUAACAAAACUUCUUGCUGGGAGGAAGUACAAUGUCUUCUUUAAGCAGGGCAAUGAGGACAGGGAACUUUAUCACUCAGAAAUAAGGCCUCAUGUGGAAUGGAUUAAUGGCCAAUGGUUUUGUAAGUCCAAGGAAAUCGUGAUUGCUUCUGAUAAAAAAAACCAGUUAGGUAAUGCCCACAACAGCACUGACAAUGCUGACAUGUUUACAAAACUAGAAAGAUCAGGUGCUGUUGAAAGUAAGACUGAAGAAACAGUAACUUGUUCUGCAACCAUAAGGAACCUGAUAGAGCAGUCAAUUCAUUGCAAUGAAAAAUCACCUUCUCAUGUCUUGCCUCCUAGCAAGAAGGUAAAGAUCACAGCUCCUAAUGGUGCUGGUAAGCAUUCACAUCCUGCCAAAAAGUCCAUGGAAGGAGAUGAUACAAAUUCGCCACUUGUGGAGAUUCCAAUUGAAACAUCAAUAAAUGAAACUGUUCGUGGUUUAGCCACUCCAAGAACUGGAGGCAAACGAGCUAGAUGCGCCAGAAAAUCCAUGGUUGGUGAUCGAACUGCUGCUAGAACUGAGAGUCCUUGUGCAGGAAAGAGCGCAUGGUUGCAGGUUGGUGCCCAAUCUAAUGGAGGGUUUAUUAAUAUUAAAGAUCUACCUAAGAAGGCUAAGCAGCAGAAAGUUGCUGAAGCUGACUCCAAAAAAGUGGAAAUUGUGACAAGAAAAGGGAGAUCUAUUAAAUCGCCAUUUAGAAAUUCUUCUGCAGCAGUGGAUGUUGCUACUCAAAAAAUCAAUGAAAGUAAGGAUAAGCCAAAAGACAAUGUCCCUGUCAUCAUAGCAUUACAAGCUACAGGGAUGAGGAGCUCAGACCUUGAUUCUCCUUCUCAGCUUUCUGGUGAGGAAACACUGAAGCUUAUUAGGGAUCAAAAGAAGAAUUUAAAUGACUCAGGAGGCAAAGUCAUGGGACUCGAUCAGCAUAAAUGUGGUGGAAGCUUUCAGAGAAGAAAGAGGGGAAGACCACGUAAAUUAUUAAUCGUAGGCUUAAAGACUACAGAGGCUGGCAAGGAGGACUAUGGUGUUCAAGAUGUUGCUAAUGAAUUAAUUGUAAAAGAUCGUGCCAUUGAUGAAGCUGAAUUGCCAAUACAGACAAGAGUGGAGUCUGCAGUUUCUCAAGUUGCAUCCAGAGAAAAAGCAGCUGAAGUUUCUGAGACAGAUUACAAGACAAAAGAAGUUGAUAUGACCAUUAUCUCUAUGUCAAAGGACGUGGUUGAUGAUGAUCAGCCCUUAUCAACGUGGAUUGGGGGAACGCAAUCUUCAGCAACUACUGAGGAAUUGCGAUCAUCGUUUGGCAAACCCAAUGCAUGGAAUGAAAUAAGAGAAAGACAUAGUGAUCUAGCAAUUGUAUCUUCUGCAAUUGAUGCUCAAAGGGAAAGCAUGCCAGAUGAGAAUCAGUGCCUGCCUUUUGUGAAGAGGUCCCCGGUUUGGGAAACAAUUGAAUCUAUGGAUAUAUUCAAAAUCAUGCCGCAAAGACCACAUUUUCAUCCUUUGGCUGAUUGUAAAGAGGAGUAUCGAGAAGGUUCAGCCAUUGGCAUUAUGGUAACAUUCGCCGGUUUGUUUGAGAAGAUAACCUCAUUGCGAUUUGAGGAUUCUAAAAGCAUAUUGGAGAGUACUUUGGAAAGUCUUAUUGAUUUGGAGAGGCACGGAUUUGAUGUCACCUUGCCACGCAACCGUGUGAAUGAAUUGCUGUCAAUUAAGGAAGGAAAGGAUCUCAAUGAGUUCCUGAAUGAAUCAAAGGACAUCGAAAGGCAGAUAGAGGAGCACAUUGACGACAGAAGAAAAAUGGAAGCACAGAUCAAUGAUAUUCAAAGGAAACUAAGAGAGUUACAGGAAGAACUUGCUGCAUCCAAGUCAAAGAUGCAGAGCAAAGAUGUUGAGAUUGCCAACUUGCGUUCACACGUGGAAUCUAUGAAUGGAAUCGUAAACGACGCCCGGAAUAAUUUUGAAAACAUAGUUAGAGCCCCUUGGAAAUGGCCCUGAUGCUCCUAUUCAGUUUCUUCUUGCAUAUGUGGAUACGUAGGGCAGGGCUGACAGUAAGAGUUGACAUUUUUUUCUUCAAGAAAAUGUAUGUAUACAGUAUAUUUAGAGAAGAUUUUGCAUGGUUGCUAGUAACGUAUUUGGGAUGGGUCAUGGGUCACUGACUGGAAUGAUUGAAGUAGGACUUGAUUGGGCCCGACCCGACCCGACCCAUAUGUAUAUGGUUUUUUCUGGCUUCUUUUAUGUAGACUGAACAGAAAGGUGGCGUCUGGUGGUCCACAGUUAAAUGGAAAAUUAAAGUCUUAUUUACA